GGUCCCGCUCCGCGCCCAGGGAAACACAGUGAAGGAAGACAUGAAACAUCUUUAAUAGAAUUCUGCUUUUGAUCAAGCUGGUAAAAUGGAUGCGAACAUUUUCUCUUGUGAGUUCUCGAUAAAUGGACGCUGACAUGGACUACGAAAGGCCCAACGUGGAAACGAUCAAGUGCGUGGUGGUGGGAGACAACGCCGUGGGCAAGACGCGGCUCAUCUGUGCGAGAGCCUGUAACACAACCCUGACUCAGUACCAGCUGCUGGCAACUCACGUUCCAACCGUCUGGGCCAUCGACCAGUACCGGGUCUGCCAAGAGGUCCUUGAACGCUCACGAGAUGUUGUGGAUGAAGUGAGUGUUUCUCUCAGGCUUUGGGACACAUUUGGGGACCACCACAAAGACAGACGUUUUGCUUAUGGAAGGUCUGACGUAGUUGUUCUGUGCUUUUCAAUCGCUAAUCCCAAUUCCCUGAAUCAUGUGAAGACGAUGUGGUAUCAGGAAAUCAAGCACUUCUGUCCUCGCACACCGGUCAUCCUGGUGGGCUGCCAACUCGAUCUCCGUUACGCUGAUCUUGAAGCUGUUAACAGAGCCAGGCGGCCUUUGGCAAGGCCUAUUAAAAGAGGAGAUAUUUUGCCACCAGAAAGAGGCAGAGAGGUUGCCAAGGAGCUUGGGAUACCAUAUUAUGAAAGCAGCGUCUUUGACCAGUUUGGAAUUAAAGAUGUGUUUGACAAUGCAAUUAGAGCUGCCCUGAUCUCCAGAAGACACCUGCAGUUCUGGAAAUCGCAUUUGAAGAAGGUCCAAAAACCUCUACUUCAAGCUCCAUUCCUACCUCCGAAAGCACCUCCUCCCGUUAUCAAAAUUCCAGAGUGUCCGGUACCGAGCAUGAACGAGGCUGGAUAUUUACUGGAUAACCCACUGUGUGCAGAUGUCAUGUUUGUUCUCCAGGAGCAGAACUGUAUUUUUGCUCACAAGAUUUACCUAGCUACCUCCUCCUCCAAGUUUUACGACCUUUUUUUAAUGGAAUGUGAGGAAAGUCCAAGCUUGGAUGAAACGAAAUGUAACAAAKCAAGUACAGACAGGGAUGCUCCGACCUGUCAUCAUGAGACAAAUGAUGAUAGUAAUGAGAGAUCCUUAAAAUCCACUGAUGUCCAGCUUGGAGCUCCAGAAAGUGGGGACUCUGUAAACACCCUGGACCCUGAAGCUGGGGAAGCCAGUUGUGCAGCAAGGUCCCUUUCGUCCUGGGGCAAAGGGUUCGUCAGUGUGCACAAGGAAAUGCAAGUGAACCCCGUUUCAAAUAGGACGUGUCUUGUAACUGUGGUAAGAAUGGACUCAUCUGUGCAGGCUGGACCUUUUAAAACCGUCCUGCAGUUUUUAUACACGGGGCAACUGGAUGAGAAUGAAAAAGACCUCACAAGAUUAGCUCAGCUUGCUGAAAUCUUGGAAGUAUUUGAUUUGCGAAUGAUGGUGGAGAAUAUUAUGAAUAAAGAAGCCUUCAUGAAUCAAGAGAUUACUAAAGCAUUUCAUGUCAGGAAAGCUAAUCGGAUAAAAGAGUGCCUUUGUAAAGGGACGUUUUCGGACGUGACCUUUAAAUUGGAUGAUGGAACCAUAAAUGCCCACAAGCCGCUGCUCAUCUGCAGCUGUGAAUGGAUGUCCGCGAUGUUUGGAGGAUCAUUUAUUGAAAGCUCGACCAGUGAGGUAGCUCUGCCCAACAUAAACACGAGUUCCAUGCAAGCAGUUUUGGAUUACCUGUAUACCAAACAACUGUCCUCCAGUCAGGACCUGGACACACUUGAGUUAAUUGCAUUGGCAAAUAGGUUUUGCCUUCCUCACCUGGUUGCACUAGCAGAGCAGCACGCAGUACAGGAGCUAACAAAGGCCUCCAUGAGUGGCACUGCAAUAGAUGGAGAAGUGUUAUCCUACUUGGAGGUGGCCCAGUUUCACAAUGCUAACCAGCUGGCAGCGUGGUGCUUGCACUACAUCUGCACCAAUUACAACAGCGUUUGCUCCAAAUUCCGCAAGGAAAUCAAAGCUAAAUCUUCAGAUAAUCAGGAAUACUUUGAGAGGCAUCGCUGGCCACCAGUGUGGUACCUAAAGGAGGAAGAUCACUACCAGCGAGUUAAGAAGGAGAGAGAAAAGGAAGAUGUUGCACUAAACAAACACCAUUCAAAGCGCAAGUGGUGCUUCUGGAACUCCUCUGCUGUAGUCGCCUGAGCGCAGCCAACAGGUGGAAAUCUGUAGCCAGCCUCAGAAAUUAGUCUUAUUGUUAGAAAUAAGAUGUAGUUCAGGUUUUCAGGCACUAAUUUUGUUCCACGUGUGUGCAUUUAUUAUUGCUAUGGUCAAAAGCACAAGCUCACUUAAAGUGAGCCUGGAACAGCUCCUUGAAGUCAUAUGUAUAUUUUUGGCUAGUAAGCAGAUAAAUGUCWACCAUUAUUACAUUUCUUUUUAUACAGAAAACAAUCCAGCAUUAAUGUUUCAAACUCCAAUGGGGAAAUAUUUUUAUACUGUCUGGGGUAUUUUGUUUAAAUACAAUUCUGGAUUUUGUUUUAUUUUACAGACCACAAAAUAACCAUGUAGCAGCUUUGUAAUUAGAUUUUAACUAUUUUUCCUAUGUGAGUACAGUGAAAUAGAGAACCUUCAGUCAUAAGAGACCACCUUUAGAAUAAAAACCCAUAAAAACUCAUCUUAGGAAAGAAUCUGCUGCCUAGUAUAAGGGUUUUUUAUAACUAGGUACUGUGCACUCAUAAUAUAAUUAGAUGGUUACUUCCCCUUUUCAAAGUAAGGGGUUAUAAUAAGAUCCAAUAAAUGCAAGACAUAGAGUGCUUGAUCUUUGUUCAUCUGAAUAAUAGGCAGUAUAAUUACUUGUUCAACUGCAGGCAAAUGUAUUUCUAGUAUUUGCAAUGUAGGUGCAAAUACUUACGACUCUGUGGGCCAUGUGAAAUCUAGUGAUUCUAGGUAUUCAGAGGUUUUAAAUGUCUAGAUUACAGAGGAUAAUUCUAAAAUUAUUUAGAAGGGCUUAUUAAUUUAUAUAYUUACACAGGUGUGGACCUGAAUAUAAAAAGCAGUUACACUGCCUGUAUUUGACUUACUGCAUGGCAGUCACCUAGUUCCGCUGGGAUCCCGCCUGUGCAGCCAUUCCUCACGCAGAAUUCCUUUUGCUUCAUGGAAGCGAGUUGAAAGGGCUGCUAGAACAAGUAGGAGCUAUUUUCUGUUGUGGCUUUCUGUAAAUGGAGAAGGAUCUUCACAUGCUAGGUCAUUUCAGUUUGAUCCAGCUUGUUUUGUAGCUUCUCCUAGAUAGAAGUCAAAGUGUUAGAUGCUGUUUAAGUAGAGUAUCAUUCCCU